AGGGGAGGGUCAUAACGGGGAGUGUCCCGGGCCAGAGGCAUAAACAGCGGCUCAUCGCUCCGCAGCCCGCCGACUCGACGCCUCUCUGCUCCCGCUGCAGCUAGAAGCGCUCACCGCGGCUCUCUCAGGUCCAAACCGAUCACAACCCACACUUUUCAGGCAACAUGGCAGUGCACCCAGAGUUCGAUCGCGCCGGGAAGAAUACGGGCCUCCAGGUGUGGAGGGUGGAGAACUUCGACCUGGUGCCCGUUCCCGAAAAGCUGUACGGGGGAUUUUACACCGGAGACGCCUACCUCAUCCUCAACACCAUCAAGCAACGCUCCGGGCAUCUGCAGUACGACCUGCACUUCUGGCUGGGUGACUUCUGCACCCAGGAUGAGAGGGGCUCGGCGGCCAUCUUUACGGUCCAAAUGGACGACUUCCUGGGGGGGUCGCCUAUCCAGUACCGCGAGGUGCAGGGACACGAGUCCAAAACCUUUCUUGGCUACUUCAAGUCUGGACUCAAAUACAUGAAAGGGGGCGUGGCUUCUGGGUUCAAGCACGUGGUCACCAACGAGGUGGUCAUGCAGCGGGUGCUCCAGGUCAAAGGCCGCCGUGUCGUCCGGGCAACCGAGGUGGCGGUCAGCUGGGACAGCUUCAACCAGGGAGACUGCUUCCUCUUGGACCUCGGGGCUGAGAUCUACCAGUGGUGCGGCUCCCAGAGCAACCGCUUCGAGAAGCUGAAGGCCACGCAGGUCGCCAAGGGUAUCCGUGACAACGAGCGCAAUGGGAGGGCCCGGGUUUACGUGUGUGACGAGGGGGUGGAGAGGGAGAAGAUGUUGGAGGUGUUGGGGCCCAAACCAGAGCUGCCUCCUGGAGCCUCUGAUGACAUCAAGGCUGACGCUUCAAACAGGAAGAGGGCCAAACUCUACAAGGUGUCCAAUGCCAGCGGAGGGAUGACCAUCGCCCUGGUGGCAGCAGAGAACCCGUUCGCUCAGAGUGCGCUGGACUCCGGAGACUGCUUCAUUCUGGACCACGGCUCUAACGGCAAGAUCUUCGUCUGGAAAGGCAAAGACGCCAACAUGGACGAGCGAAAGGAGGCCAUGAAAGCAGCGGACGAGUUCAUCAAGAAGAUGGGUUACCCCAAACACACUCAGGUGCAGAUCCUGCCAGAGAUGGGUGAGACGCCGCUCUUCAAGCAGUUCUUCAAGAACUGGAGGGACAGGGACCAGACCGAGGGCCUGGGCAUCGCCUACAUCGCCAACAGUAUCGCCAGGAUCGAGAAGGUGGACUUCGACGCAGCCAGUCUGCACGACUCCCCCGCCAUGGCCGCCCAGCACGGCAUGGUGGACAACGGUGACGGAGAGAAAAAGAUCUGGCGUGUCGAGGGGUCCGACAAGGCGGAGGUGGACCCGGCCACACACGGGCAGUUCUACGGAGGAGACAGCUACAUCAUCCUCUAUAACUACAGCUUCGGAGGACGGCAGGGACACAUCAUCUACAUGUGGCAGGGAGCAGACUCCAGUACGGAUGAAAUCGGGGCCUGUGCGAUCCUCGGGUCCCAGCUGGACGAGGAGCUGGGCGGUGGUCCUGUGCAGGUGAGGGUGGUGCAGGGGAAAGAGCCGGCCCACCUGAUGAGUCUGUUUGGAGGACAGCCCAUGGUGGUCUAUAAGGGAGGAACGUCCAGAGACGAAGGUCAGUCGGCACCCGCAGACACUCGCCUCUUCCAGGUGCGCUCCAACUCUGCAGGACACACCAGAGCUGUGGAGCUUGACGUGGCGUCAUUCAACCUGAACUCCAACGAUGUCUUUGUCCUGGUGACCCCCGGAGGCUGCUUCAUGUGGGGGGGCGUGGGUGCCAGCGACACGGAGAAGCAGGGAGCCCAGCAGCUGUGUGACAUCCUGGGGGUGUCCGCCUCGGAGCUGUCUGAGGGAGGAGAGAGUGAUGAGUUCUGGGAGGCUCUGGGAGGAAAGGCAGAAUAUCGCACUUCUACCAGACUCAAGGACAAGAUGGACGCUCACCCACCCAGACUCUUCGCCUGCUCCAACAAGACUGGAAACUUCAUCAUUGAGGAGGUACCCGGGGAGAUGACCCAAGAGGACCUCGCCACCGAUGAUGUCAUGAUCCUGGACUCCUGGGACCAGGUGUUUGUCUGGAUCGGAAAUGAGGCCCAAGAGGAGGAGAAGACUGAAGCCAUGAAGUCUGCGGCUCAAUAUAUUGAGACAGAUCCGGCCAACAGAGACCCCCGGACGCCCAUCGUCAAGAUCAAGCAGGGCUUCGAGCCGCCCACCUUCAGCGGCUGGUUCCUGGGCUGGGACCACGAGUACUGGGCCAGCGACCCCCUGGAGCGCGCCAUGGCUGAACUCGCCCUGUGAGCCGCCCCCCGAAUCAGCCCUGACCUUCGACCCCGCUGCUCCCCCGCAAGCACUAAGCAAUCAGAAGACUGUUAGCCGCCAAUACGCCCAGAUGUCUUUACCUUUUAUCAUGUUUGUGAGGGACACAGGUUGUUUCAUUUUGUCUCAACAAAUAGCAAUAGCUUUAACAGACACACAGGCUUCCUUUAGGAUUUGCACUAAAAAGAGUUUUAUUGAAGCCAAUUUUUUUCUUCUAUGAGGACUUUUAGACCUGGUCACUAGUGAAAUGUAAUGCAAACAAAUCAGAAACUCACCGCAGAAAGCAAUACAGCCGAUGCCUUAAUACUCUUUUCCUAUAGUUUACAGUCAACCUGAUGUUUUAUAAAAGGUACUUUUCUAGUUGAAAGUUGCCUUUAUAGAUAUUGCACCUUUAGUUUAGAUGCUGCUUGUAUUUAUUGUUUUUAAAUGUCCCAGGAAAGCUUGUGUGAUGCUGCAACUUUAAAAAGGGAAACCAACGCUUUGCUGCUUUUCAAACCAGUCACGUCUUUUGUGAAUCUUUCUAAGGUUUCCCUAAGCCUUGUCAUCAUUUCAAUAAAACCAGAUUAAACGUGAA